AUGCGUCUCACGAGCGAGCGUAGCUAGGCAAAGAUGGCGGCGGGCUCCGAUUUGCUGGAUGAUGUUUUCUUCAGCACAGAGGUGGACGAAAAAGUAGUUAGUGAUAUAGUCGGAUCUCUGGAGUCUGAACUAUCAGGAUCAGGUCGCGUCAACCCAACAGCCAGGGCCCAGUCUGCAGCAAAUUACGUCGGCAACUCAGCUGUAAGUAGUAAUUCCAAUGUUCAGGGCAGCAAAAUGGGACUUUCUCAACAAGAGCUUGCUAAAGCAGGGACAGGAGUGCAAGGAGGUGUCAUCAACAGUGCGGGGUCUCACGGUUCAAGCAUGGAUGGAGCAGCCGGGACCACAUCGGCGGCGGGACCGAGCAUGGCAGCCGCUCAGAGUCAGUCCAAGCCGGGGACAGCUAGCGGAGCCGUUACGGUUGUGUCAGACGGAACGUCUGGCGUUGGGAAACCCGGAACGACCGGUGUUCAAACUUUGAAUGGAAGCGCCGUGGUGAUGAACUGUCAUAUCCCCGACACCUCAUCUGCUGACAGCACCGGCAGCAACUCGCAACCCGCUGUCACGCUUGUCAACAACGGACCUGUUACAGUGAGCAAAGGCAGCGCGCCAGUUUCGUCUGUAGCGCCCAGCACUAUUAUUCGAACUUCCCCGACGAGUGCGCAGAAUGCUGUGAGCUCGUCUCAGCCGUCUGUGAAAAGCGUCCCCACGGUCACGCUUGUCAGGCCACCUAUGCAAAUUCCCUCGAGCACCCCACAAAGCGGAGGCACCCUGACCACAGUUUUGACAUCGGCAGCCGUCAGCGUCACCGGCGCGGCCGGCUCCCCUGUCAACAAAUUCGACUCCGCAAAAACUCUAACUCUGACCGGCGGACAGGUCGCGACUUCAGCUGUGGCGACAGGGACGACGGCGACCAUGAGGAGCCCGACUGUUUUGCAGAACUUGAGGACUUCGGUGCCGUCGGCAGUGGCCGCCUCUCCCCCUGGUGGAAUACGAGCUAUUGCUCCGCAGGUGUUGGCGCCUCGACUCGCUCAGCCGCAGCAGAACGCACCGAAUAUCCAAAACAUUCAGCUCCCUCCAGGCAUGGUCUUGGUUCGCAGUGAGAGCGGGCAGCUGCUGAUGAUUCACCAGCAGACCUUGGCUCAGAUGCAGGCUCAGUCACAGUCCCAAAGCGCCAUGACACCACGACCCACAGCCCCCAGCAGCACUCCACCUGUCCAGAUCACUUCUCUACAGGCCCCAACCGCAUCGCUGCUGGCUCGUCCUGUAACCCCCACCACCAUUAUUAAACAAUGUUCCACGGUCCAGACUACUGUGACAGCCACCACCACGCUGCAGAGGCCUCCUGUGCUGCAGAACACCAUCUUGCUGGGAGGAACUGCCACCACCCCGGGACAGGCACUAGGAACGCCCACCGUAGUGCAGCCCGGAUCUGCAGCCACAGCAGUUACACAGAGGGUAGGGCCCCUUGGGGCCACUGGGACCCCUGUCACUCCAACAGCUAUCACAGCUGAGACACUGGAGAACGUAAAAAAGUGUAGAAACUUUCUGUCCACGUUGAUCAAGUUGGCAUCCAGUGGAAAACAGUCAUCUGAGACUACCGCCAACGUCAAGGAGCUGGUCAAGAGUCUGUUGGAAGCAAAGAUUGAGCCUGAAGAUUUCACCAGUAGGUUGUACCGGGAACUCAACUCCUCACCACAGCCGUACCUUGUGCCUUUCCUGAAGAGAAGUCUCCCAGCACUGCGUCAGAUGACCCCAGACUCAGAGGCCUUCAUCCAGCAGAGCCUGCUGCCACAGGCCAGCACUCCAACAGCAGCAGCCUCCACGGCCCUCACCGCUGUGGUGCUGCGACCUUCUCUCUCCACCGCCGCCACCACGGCCACCAGCACUGCCGUGACCAAAACCACAGUCAUCAGCCUCACUCAGACGCCGCACAGUAAACCCGGACUGAUUGUGCCCCAGCAACAGGGGACAAUGGCAAGGCCCCAGGUGACGCUGGCUCAGUCUCCCAUGGUAACACUCAGAGGACAGUCUCAUAGUCGCAUCAUUGUGGGCCAGCCGCAGGUGGUCAGACAGCUUCAGACAGUGAAGCAGACGUUGGCUCCAGUGGCCAAAGGAGUGCAAGUAGUCAGUCAGGCUCCUCUCACUGCUGCUCAGAAGAUCAAGCUGAAGGAAGCAGGAGGGGGAACUUUCAGGGAUGACGAUGAUAUCAACGAUGUGGCCUCCAUGGCUGGAGUCAACUUGUCAGAGGAGAGCGCCCGUAUCUUAGCAACCAACUCUGAGCUUGUUGGCACCGUGACUCGUUCCUGUAAGGAUGAGACCUUCCUCUCCACCUCUUUACUCACCCGGAGAGCUCUCGAGAUCGGUAAGAAGUUUGGCAUCAGCGAGUUGGGCGCAGAUGUGAUCAACUACAUUUCCCAUGCGACACAGCAGCGGCUACAAAACCUGCUGGAAAAGGUCUCCCAAGUGGCACAGCAGAAGAACAUAACCUUCAAGGAGGAUGAGCGGUAUGAGCAGGUCGGCGAUGUUCGAGCACAGCUUAAAUUCUUCGAGCAGCUGGAUCAGAUGGAGAAGCAAAGGAAGGAAGAGCAGGAGAGAGAGAUUCUCUUGAAGGCUGCCAAGUCUCGGUCACGGCAAGAGGACCCAGAGCAGCUCAGACUUAAACAGAAGGCCAAAGAGAUGCAGCAGCAGGAGCUGGCUCAGAUCAGACAGAGAGAAGCCAACCUAACGGCGCUGGCGGCAAUCGGCCCGAGAAAAAAAAGGAAAACGGACUCUCCUGUGAGGGGCGCCAGUGCAGAGGGCUCGGGGUCAGGCCCCUCCCAGCCUGGAGGCUCUGGGGGAGCAGGCUCCAGACAGUUUAUGCGACAGCGCAUCACCAGAGUCAACCUCAGGGACCUGCUCUUCUGCCUGGAGAACGAACAAGGGACCAGUCACUCACAACUGCUCUAUAAAGGCUUCCUCAAAUAGCACCCGCAUUAAAAUGACUAGUUUCACUCAGCGGCGUUCAGGAAGCAGAGUUGACCGUCUGCUCAGACCCUUUCUGCCGGUACUUCCUUUGAUCAGCCACAGCUGAAUGAUGAGACGUCUGACUGUGGGGGAAAAAUGAUCUGGAACGCUGAAAGGACGUCAGCUUUUGAAAGCCUCUUCAAGCACAGGCCUUUUUGUAUUUGCAGCAAAGAGGUGAAGCAAAUAUUGGAACUCGGCCCUGAUUUCGGCGUGCCUCUCAGCUCGGUUUGCUCUUUAGAGACCGGUUUCACCCAGCCACACUUCACUCAUGCACUGCCUCAUGCUGCGCACAAGGAAAAAUGUCUUUAACUGAACUGAACACUUCAGAUCUGGAAACGCUGUCAGGGUCAUUUCACUGACAUCUGCGUGGUAGCAGGGAAUCUCUGCGAAGUGGUUCCAUUUUAGAUUAACGUGCAACAUUCAGGUGCUUCAGCCUGAUUUUACAAAACUGCAGUAUUGCUAAUUUUCUCGACCAUGUAAACGCAUAUGCUCUGUUUUAUUUAAGUUCUUAACAGAGAUUGAAAUUUAUCACACAUUUAUACUAUAUUUUAUCACCAUUUUAAUGCCUGUGGAUUGUUUUACAGAGACUAAUCUUGACCAGUCUUGUCAUCUGCUGAAUUGCCUUCUUACCAAAUUAAGCCAUAUGGAAUAGAAUGUGUUGAUCAGCUCCAGUAACGUCGUCUAUCCAACAACUCUCUGCACGUCUGCAGGAUGCGUGCGUUGUUGUUUUGUUGUACUCUUUCUUUGUUGGUCUUUGCUUGAUUGGAAACAAAAAUGAUUAUUUAUAUGUCUUGUUGGUAUUUGAACUCUCGCCACUUUAGGGUUUUGACUGUGAGAGUUCCUGACACUGUGGUUGAAAGCGUAAUUCCACUUUUUAUUCAGAUUGUAGCACAUUUAAGGUUCAGACGGGAUACACUUAUCGAUCAUUUCCAAAGCACACCGUGGUCUCCCCCUCCAGCUCUCAAGCAGUCAGCAGUUUUCAUUCAUGCCUUCAGUGGCAAUGUAAAAUUCAGCUAACAGAAGUGAACCUUCUGUCACAGCGAACAUCCUCUCCAGAGUAAUAGUUUGCCAAUUUAUCAUUGCUCAUAAUAAUAAUAAAAAAAUUAUUUUAAAAAAGGAAUAAUGAAAUGUUUACAUUCUAAAAACAAUAAGGUAGAUUUGGCUCUGUGUUUUGUUUUUUGUUUUUUUUGUUAAAGUUACCACGAAGCAGAGCUUUCAAGUCAUUUUCCUGCCUGUCAUAAAUGUCCCCCAAAGUGCUACAGACUUUUCAAACAACUGCUUUUUGGCAAAAAUAUCUUUGGGCAGGAUGUUCAAUGUGAUGAAUUGCCCUCUUAAGCCCAUUUUAGUCUUUGCUUUUUGUACCAUUGAAAAAGAAAUGGUCAGAGGUGGCUACGUUUUACUGCCAGUUACUUGAAAGAAAUCAAAAGCAGUGUUUGGAAAAGGAAGUGGUUGUUAAUAAUGCAAAGGAUCCGGCGUCUGUAGCCCGUGUGCUACAAUGUGAAUUUUAAAAAAUGGAGUUUGGAGAACUGAAUCCCAUCAAUGUUAUUGAUUGCAGUCACUUAAGUGAAUCAAACAUUUUUCAGUAAGUUGUAUGUCCACAUUUUUAUAUUUAUGAAUGACGGGGGUUAUGUUGGGUAAACAUGGGCGUGAAAUGCGGAGCGAGGACGGCACUUUGACAGAUCAGUUUUCUAAAACGACUCGAUCAGAUGAACACACCCACUUUAUAACUUUUUAUAUUUUUAGUGCACAUACUAAUUUUGAUCUUUCUACCUUUUGUCAUUUUAUGAAAGAAUGUUUAUUGGCAAAUUUUAUGACUGUACAUACUUCGGUUUGCUAUUUGUAGAUUUAUCAAUCGACGACUUUUAAUUGGGAAAAUUUGUCUUCAUUCUCAUAUAUACAGUAGAUGUAUGAGAAGUGAGACAAAUAUGUGAUGCUUUCUUGCCAAGAUCUUGUAAAUUUUGCACAGCCACUUGUUUAUAUGUAAAUAUCUGAAUUUAAAAAAAAAAGUUUUUAAUUGCUAUUUUACAAUGGAUUGAAAGAGAAUGAUCUCUAUUAAAACAA